UAAAAACACAGUCAAAAGGAGUGACAAGUCCCCGCCAGUAGUUCUCAAAUUUAUUGACUGCUUUACUUCUAAAUAUUUGCACUUGUAACUCCCUUCUCCUCAAGCUUAUUUAUGAAUGGCAAUCUUCAUAUCAAAAUCUCAGCCCAAGAAACUGACCCUUUUCCUUAGCACCACCUUUCUGUUCCUCUUCAUUUUCUUUAUUACAAUCUCUUAUUUUCUUGAGCAAUCCAAUGACCAAGAUACCAGCAAUUCUUUAGCAGUUCAAGGGUUGAUCAAAAGUGAUGCAUGUACAGGUCUUCAUAAUCAAACAGAUUCAAAAUCGAAGUGUAUGUAUAUCAAGUCUCAACUUGGGUGCAGGCCAAAAGGGUAUAUAAACUAUCUCCAAAUUUUUUUUUGCACUUAUGGCCAAUUUCCUACACUUGGUCAUGCUACCUUGUUGCUAUGGCUUUCUAUUCUAUUCUACCUGCUGGGCAAUACAGCUGCAGAAUACUUCUGUUCCUCAUUAGAAAACUUGUCCAGAAUCUUGAAGCUUUCUCCAACAGUUGCGGGUGUUACCCUUCUUUCCCUUGGAAAUGGUGCUCCUGAUGUCUUUUCCAGUAUUGUUUCCUUCACUAGGUCUGGCAAUGGUGAUUUUGGCCUAAAUAGUAUUCUGGGUGGGGCAUUUUUUGUGUCUAGUGCUGUUGUUGGUGUUAUAAGUACAUUACUAAGUUCUCGAGAGAUUUCAGUUGAUAAAUCUAGCUUCAUUAGAGAUGUCUCCUUCUUUCUUUUAUCACUUAGUUCUCUUCUCUUGAUAAUUAUCAUUGGGAAAAUCACCUUAUGGGCUGCCAUUGCUUUUCUUUCUAUAUACUUCUUUUAUGUAUGUGUUGUUUGCUUCAUGCACUUUCUCUUUAGAAAAGAAAAGAAAGUGACACCAUUAACCGUAUCUCCAUCUUCAAACGGUCUCAUCACUGAUAGUCAAGAAGAUGUUGUCGAGAUGGGUAUACCAUUACUUGGUUAUGUUGAUGAUGAAAAACCAAAUUUUGUGGACAAAUCCAAUCAUCUUGAAGAUGAGCAACAAAAUCCACUAUGUUUGAAUCUUGAUUCAUCCUUUUGUUACUACUUGGGCAGAUUUUUAUACCUUUUGGAGCUACCUUUGUACUUGCCGAGAAGAUUGACUAUACCUGUUGUUAGUGAGGAAAGAUGGUCUAAGCCCUAUGCAGUAACUUCUGUAACAUUGGCACCACUUGUCUUGGCAGCAUUAUGCGACACUUUAAAGGAAAAAAAGUUGGGUUCUAGAAGCAGCCUGGUGACCUACUUGAUAGCAGGUUUUAUAGGGGUGGUUCUUGGCAGUCUUGCAUUCGCCACUAUAAAAAAAUCUAACCCACCAGACAAGUGCUUGUUCCUUUGGCUGGCUGGUGGUUUUGUAAUGAGUGUAACUUGGACUUAUAUCAUUGCUGAAGAGUUGGUCUCACUGUUGGUUUCACUAGGGUAUGUUUUUGGUAUUAACCCUUCAGUUUUAGGACUUACUGUCCUAGCUUGGGGUAAUUCACUUGGAGAUUUGAUAGCCAACGUAGCAAUGGCAAUGAAUGGUGGGGCAGACGGUGCUCAGAUUGCUAUAUCAGGCUGCUAUGCUGGUCCCAUGUUCAAUACAUUAUUGGGUUUGGGAAUAUCAUUUGUAAUCUCUUCAUGGUCUAAAUACCCAUCUUCUUAUGUGAUUCCUAAAGAUCCUUCUCUUUAUGAAACUGUUGGGUUUUUGAUGGGAGGAUUACUUUGGGCUCUUGUGAUUUUGCCAAGGAAGAAUAUGAAGCUGGAUAAGUAUCUCGGUGCUGGUCUCUUAGCCAUAUAUUUCUGCUUUCUUUCUUUAAGGCUGGCUGGGGACCUUGGUGUCUUGAAAUUUCAUGGGUUUUCUUUCUUCAAUACCUAGGACUGAGAGUACUUUAUUGGGUCUUGUAUUUACAUUGAUGGUAAGCAUUUCAAUGAUGCCUUUUGUUUUAAAGAGGAAUUGCCUUUGUUUUAAAGAGGAGUAUAAUUUAUAAUAAAGAAUAUCUUUAGAAUUA